GCGAGAGAAGACUCGCCGCCCGCCAUUUUGUGUACUUGACAGACGAUGCGACGUCUUCGUGCGCCGGCUGCUGGCUGGCUGGCGCUGCUCCUGCUGCUGGGCGAGGCCGCCGGCGAGAACCCCUCGCCCGGGAUCUCUCUAGAGAGUGAGCCCGGCUUCGCUUGGCGUUGGACGGCGGAACCCGCGGGCACAUUCUCACGUGUCAGGUUCUCACGUGUCAGACACGCCCUUCGAGGCUGGGGCUGGAGGGAGGCUGCUAGUGGCCUCCGGUGUUAGGGGCUUCCCCUCCCGUGAGAACCGCCCAUAAGGAACGAGGCUAGGGGAGGGGGCUGCUCAAUGAGACCCUCGGCUGCCAUCUGAAAAAUAGGCCAAGGAGAAUGAGGGGAUUCGGUUUCUAUCCUAUUGGAGCAAGCAAAAUUACCUGCAGUGUUUUAGGGGUGGGGUGGGGAAAUAAUAAAUUAUUUAGAACCAACCCUUGAAUUAAUUUGUAGCCUUAUGAGGCUUUGCCCUCGGGUGGGAAAAAUAUUGCGCCCGGGAAAGGGAAGUGGGAGUCAACAGACACUCAAGGAAUAGUUUCGGAGAAAAAGGUUUUAUUUCUACCAUACAUGAACUGGUAGAAGGAGCAAGUGUGAUAAGUCACAAAAAGCAUGCACGAAGUUCACAGUCCUGUGCACAAGCAUAUAUACCCCUUUCCAGCUCCCUCCUCCUUUCUCCAGAGUCCUGCCCAUGAGUUCCUCUGAGCAUGAACAGAAAGCUGUCUUGGGACUAUUGUGGACUCUUGCCAGGAAAGGAGGGGUGAGAAGCCUUGCGUUCAGCUUGUUCAGAUGUGUUGCAACUAGAAUGAGAUAAGAUUCAUUUCCCAGGCCUGCUAUGAACAGAGCCUAUUCAUUAGCCUUUAAUUUUGCCUUUUGCCACAGCAUCUUGUGAGAAAAGCAGAGACAAGCAGAGAAAAGCUGUUUUGGAUUUUUUAGAAGACAAAAGGAGUUUUGGACAGUUUUGAGGCCUGGGGUGAUUAUUGAAGCCUGGGGUGAUUUCAGACAGGAUUUGGGUAUUCUGUCCCUUCAAUUGACUGGAAGGUAAAGGGCCACUAGACGGUUAAGUCCAGUCAAAGGCAACUAUGGAGUCUAUUGAUUAUGGGACUAUUGACUGGAGGGACACAGGUGGUGCUGUGGUCUAAGCCUCUUGGGCUUGCUGAUCAGAAGGUCAGCGGUUCAAAUCCAUGCAAUGAAGUGAGCUCCCGUUGCUCUGUCCCAGCUCCUGCCAACCUAGCAGUUCGGAAGCACGCCAGUGCAAGUAGAUAAAUAGGUACCGCUGUCACGGGAAGAUAAACGUUUCUGUGCACUCUGGUUUCCGUCACGGUGUCCCAUUGCGCCAGAAGCGGUUUAGUCAUGCUGGUCACAUGAACUGGAAAGCUGGCUGUGGACAAACACUGGCUCCCUCGGCCUGAAAGCCAGAUGAGCACUGCACCCCAUAGUUGCUUUUGGUUGGACUUAUCUGUCCAGGGGUCCUUUACCUUUUUUUACCUAAUUGACUGGAAACAAGGCUAGAUCCUUUUAUGGAGAGCACCUUCGAGAGAAGGAAUGAGCUGCCCACAUACAAAACAGGAACAGUCUUAGAUUUCUUGAUGCCCCUUGUCCGUCCACCCUCAGAAAGGGGGAGAGGAAAAUCAUGAACUCUGGAUCUUUCCUUGGAACUAGGAUCUUACUCAAUUUAGAACAUGUGAUUUUUACCCAUCUUCUUGCAGGUUUUGGUGCCCUGUUGGGGUAAAAAAAGAGAGCAUCUUACAAUAGUCGUAUAAUGUAGUCUUCUGUUAACAUAGGUUAAAAUCAGUGAUAUUGCAGAGGCUGGCUUUGGUUUGCAACCCAACAAUACAGUAUAACCAGGGUUAUUUCCCCCCACACUGUGAAUGUUUCAGGUUUGCAUAAUGUCUCCAUCAGGUGUUCUGGGUAUCCCCAACAAUAAAAGGAAUGUACUAGUGCACAAACACAAGUCCUUGCAUAAAUGGAAAGAUGCAAACCAAUUGCUGGAUUGCAUCUCACCAAUAUAAAUUUUGAUAUUUAGAAUGUGGAACCAGGCCACUUGUAGAUGAGACCACAGAGGAAGAACGGAUUGUAGGUGGACAUGACGCUGAACUUGGAAGAUGGCCUUGGCAAGUUAGUCUUCAAGUUCACCAUACUAAUGGAAGAUACCUUCAUGUAUGUGCUGGAUCUUUAAUUGAUUAUGACUCCGUGCUAACAGCAGCACACUGCAUUCAAAACAGGUAUAUAUUCAGAUCUUUAUAUAUUCAAUCUUUUUUCUGUGUCUGGUGUGAGAAAAGUAUAUGGAUCAAAUAUAAGUAUAUGGACUUACUGAAUGUUUUUUGUAUGUGUAUCCAUACAUGUGGCUCUUUAUCUUAUUUCAGCUUUUUGCAAGGCCAGGUGAUUUGUAGUGUUAUAGCUAUAUUAUGGAUAUCUGUCGGAGAAAACCCUCUCAAACACACGGAAGAGGCAAAAACGAAGCAAAAGAGAAACCACAAAGACAGUGGUAUAUAGAAUAAGGACCCCCCCCUUUACCCAUAGAAAAAAGGAAUCUGCCAACCUGACCAGAGGCAGGCCAGAACUGGAGGGUAGAAUGGCUCCUAAUCCUGGAAGAGGCAAAAGACUUGAAAUGCUUUGCCUAUCUGUUCCAGAGGGAGGAUCCAUCCUAUUCACUGAAUGUCCCCCAGUCCACUCCAACAAAUUUCUGAAUAUAAUUCCCCCCUGGGAUAAUGAGCAUCAUAAAAUCAACUCCCUGCAAAAAAGCACAGACAGGAAAGGAAAUAACAUUGCUCUAUUUACAGACACAAUUGUCACUGUGGCAUUCCAAGCAAUGCCAUAGCUACGGAGGGGCUAGCCCCCAGAGGGGUGCCAUUGUGUGCCAAACUCUGUCUUUGACCUGGGUGAAAUAAAGCCUAGUUUUGCCCAAUUCCAAGUUAGUUGAACUGAAUUGAAACUCUUGUUGAGCAUGUUUUGAGCUUGCUCUGACUAGUGUUACCUAUCUGUAUAUCUGUUUGGAAUGUAAACGAUUUGCUGGAUAUGUUGCUUUUAUUAUAUAUCUUUCAUUCUUUUGGUGAUUGAUGAGUCUAGCUUCAUGUUUAUUUUUGAACAGAUGGUGAAGCAAGACACAAAAUUCAUUGCUCUGAAGUUGCAAUCCUAGCUUAAUGAUUGACUCUGCAAGGGCUUUCAUUUUGUCCUAGGACAACACCAGAGCUUUGGAGGGCUGUGUUUGGCUUGCGUCGACUUUAUGGAGACAAGAUUCAUUCUGUAAACAGCCAGGUGAUGAAAAUCAUGCCCCACUGUCGUUAUGAUGCAAGAAGUCACGUAAACGAUAUUGCCUUGUUUAAAUUAAGCCAGGUUAUCACAUACAAUGACUAUAUUCAGCCCAUCUGUUUACCUAGCACCCCUCUUCUCCUGAGUGACAGGAACCCAUGUUAUAUAAGUGGAUGGGGAUUGACAAAAGAGAAUGGUAAAUAUUUCCUUUUCCUUUUAUUUUUUAUUUAUUGACUUCAUAUACCGCCCUAUACCUGAAGAUCUCAGGGCGGUUCACAGAACAAAAUCAGAAUAUAAAACCCAUAUAUAUAUAUAUAUAUAUAUAUAUAUAUAUAUAUAUAUAGUUUUCAACUAAUUUGUUAUUGAGAGUGAGAAUUAGUUUGGUGAUCUUAGAAUACCUCCUUGCUGUGAAUACAUUGGGACUAUUUCACAUUACUCGGAAGGAAACCCAGGUUUCCCAACAAGUAUACACUCAGUAGGUGUUCAUGGCCAAAACAAAUAAACUGACAAUGAGCAGAAUAAACUUAGGACCACAACAUAUGCACAUUUCACAUACAGUGGUACCUUGGUUCUCAAACUUAAUCCAUUCCGGGAGUCCGUUCCAAAACCAAGGCACGCUUUCCCAUAGAAAGUAGUGCAAAAUGAAUUAAUCCAUUCCAGACUUCUAAAAGCAACCCCUAAAACAGCAAUUUAAUAUGAAUUUUACUAUCUAACGAGACCACUGAUCCAUAAAAUGAAAGCAAUAAUCAAUGUACUGUACUAUAAAAUAAAUAAGACAGUAUUGUAGAUGAUAAAAAGGAAAAUUUAAUUUUUUUCUUCCCUGCACUGAUGAUAGUCAGGAUGGGGGGGCUUUUAUCAAUUUCCGCAGUCAUACAAUCAAUCAAUCAAUCAAUCAAUCAAUAGCUGAAUUGGGUUCCACACAGUCACAAAAACAAAUUAACCGAAAAAGCCUCAAAAACAAAAACACAAAAUAAAUAGCAAAAACAAAAGCACCAAACUUAAUCCGUUCCGGAAGUUUGACUUCCGAAAUGUUCGAAAACCAAGGCGCAGCUUCUGAUUGGUACAGGUGCCCUGGAAACAAUAGCCGACAGCCGCAUCAGACGUUCAGCUUCCAAAAAUAGUUUGAAAACUGGAACAGUUACUUACCGGUUUUUGGAGUUUGAGAACCAAGAUGUUUGAGAACCAAGGUACCACUGUACUUGAUCUCAGCUUUACACACUGUGACCAGGGGGACUAGACAGGGGGGUGGGGCAGCCUUGCUUAUCAGUGUCCUGGAGACUUGUGAGAACCUCCAGAACCCUUGUGUGACUCAGAGCCCAGUAAGAAAGGUGGAGGACUUAAAAGCUCUUUCCACAAAGGGUUUUCCUGCCACAGAAAUAGUUUUUAAGCCCUCUGCCUUGCAUUCUGGGCUCUGGGAAGGUUGCUUGACAUCCCACAUAACCCCUCACAUAACUUGUGGUCCUAUUGUAAUUAAUUUUAUUACAACUUAGUACGCUGCUGCCAUGACUUCUAACCCUACCCAUGGUGAUGCCUAAACUCAUUGCACCAUCGUUAAGCCCAGCCAUUCAGAUUGCUCAUUUAAAGGUUGCACCACUAUAAAAUUUAAAGGAGAAUGCAGCACACUCAAAGAUAAAUGGGGUUGCAUCUACAGCUGAGAGUGGCUGCGGUGCAUGAGCCUUAAGAAAGUUACUUUGGACCAAAAGAUGUCAACAGCCAUCAUUUUUGCAUAUUGUUCAAUAUGUUACAGAAUGUUAAACAGAGGCAUACUACCAGCUGUAUUUUAUGUAUUCAUUAUAGGUACACCAAGUUAUAUAUUACAAGAAGCUGAAAUAAAAGUUUUUCCACACGAAGUCUGUAAUAGUUACGAUUGGUAUAAUGGACGACUAUCAAGGAAUCAGCUUUGUGCUGGCUCUGAAAGUGGACAUGUUGACGCUUGCCUGGUAAAAUGAAGAUAAUUCUGUUUCAAAACAAAUUGAAGAAACAUGUUGUCUUGUUGUUGGUAGCUCAAAUAUCAUUACUGGAUGAGGGUAACACCGGUCACAGUACUACCAAAGCAGUUGGAAAAUUAAUAGAAAUAAGUUGCUGUUUCUUCAUUUGAUGAAAUGGUCUCAUUGACACAUCACAGUAAAAUUCAAGCAAUACCAUAAUUUCAUGUGCCUAAUAUUGAUUUGAGAUUGCAUGCGGCAUAAUUCCUGUUAAGAUAUAGAACUUGUUACCACUAUUUUCUUUUUGGGUCCUUUUUUGGCUCACUGAAAUAUACCAGUAGCUGAGAAAUGAGAGUGGGGACUUUUGAGUUUACUUUAGAAAGAAAAGUGGAGCAUACAUUUCAAAACAUAAAAUAAAUGAAAGAAGAGCUAUGCAUAAAAAUUCAGGGUAUUCACUUAUUUCCACUUUGCUUCCCUCCAAAACAGAAUUUGGCAACAGAGGGUGAGGCAAGAAUUGUAAUAAAAACAUGGCUCUUGUUAUGGUAGCUAACAUUAAAUGGAAUAUCAUGUACAGUACUAUUAUUGUAUGACUAGCUUGAUGUCUAGAAUUCCUCUCCCCACCUGCCCCAAAUGAUCACAUUUUUAAAGUGGCCUACCUGUUGGUACUCGAGAGUGGGUGGCGCUGUGGUCUAAACCACAGAGCCUAGGGCUUGCCGAUCAGAAGGUCAGCGGUUCGAAUCCCCAUGAUGGGGUGAGCUCCCGUUGCUCGUUGCUUGGUCCCUGCUCCUGCCAACCUAGCAGUUCGAAAGCACAUCAAAGUGCAAGUAGACAAAUAGGUACCACUCCGGUGGGAAGGUAAAUGGCAUUUCCAUGCGCUUCUCUGGUUUGCCAGAAGCGGCUUAGUCAUGCUGGCCACAUGACCCGGAAACUGUAUGCCUGCUCCCUGGGCCAGUAAAGCGAGAUGGGUGCUGCAACCCUAGAGUCGUCCACGACUGGACCUAACGGUCAGGGGUCCCUUUACCUUACCUGUUGGUAGUGCUGUUGAGCCACAAAGGAAGACUACCCAAUUCAUUAUUUCCAGACUCAUCCUUAUUUCCUAGCAAUGAGUAUAUUCUCUUGAUGAUUUCUGAGAGGUAAAACUCAAAACGAUUGUAUCACAAUCCCUCUGCAUGUGAAACCUUCCAAAUACUGUCAACAACACUUAGAUUGUCUUCUUUAUUUUUCAUUUUCCAGGGAGACAGUGGUGGUCCUCUGAUGUGUUAUAUGCCAGAUGAUGACAAGUUUUAUCUGGUAGGAAUCACCAGCUUUGGUAUUGGCUGUGGUCGACCAAAAUUACCAGGAAUCUAUAUACAUGCAGCUAAUUACAGAAGUUGGAUAGAUUCACGCCUCCUUGGCAAAACCUCCAUUGUGAGCAUUCCAUGUGUUCUGAUUUUUUCAAUUGUGGUGUGGGUAACCAUUCAUCUUGUUCUGUGAACAGGCAAACUCUGCUUCCAUUGCACUUUUAAACUCAAUUAUUUCCUCCUGCAAAUCUUUACCAAAAUGCAAUAUUUAACAGUUACUAUGCUUUAUAAUCUACUUUGAAUUGACAAAUUCAAAAACAAGUUUUAUCUGCAAAGAUAUAAACCCAGAAGCACUGUUCAUUUAAUUUCCUUUAUGAAUCACUUCUCAUAAAGCUUCCCAAAGCGAUUUCACAAUAAAAAAUAUGUAUAUAGAGACUGGUUUAUCCAUGCCUCCCCUUGUUAUGCUGCUUCCAUCAUUCUCCUGGAAAAAAACCCCUGCUCUUUAGUGUUCAAUUCGAGCGAACAGGAAUCUGGGUUUUCCCCAGAUUGCCAUUUGUUCUGAUAUAUCACUAAAGAGCGGGUUUUCCCUUGGAAAGGGGAAAACUCCAGUCAAGCAGGAAACUGCCAGGACUUGUGCUUUCUAGGCACAGCACAUGCGGAAUUUACAUAUAUGUAUAUUUUACAUUUUUUGAUGGGUGGGGUAUAAAUAAUAAAAUCAUUAUUAUUAUGUACAAUUUUAAAAGCUACGGUAGUAAGAUCAGUGGUAGCUAAUAAAUAAGUUGCCUGUGUUUAGCUCCAAGCUUUAUCAGUACAAGGUAGACUGGUUUGUUGAGUGAUACAUUAUUGUUUCAGUGUUUUAUCACACACCGUUGUAAUUUAUUGUUUAAUACUGAUGUGAACUGUUCACAAGUGCUUUAUCAGCUGCGGAAAAGUGGCAUAUAAAUCUUGAAACAAAUAGC